AUGGACAGUGAGCUGCUCGCAAAUACCGACUUUAUCAACGACUUUGUUUUCCAAGACAUCAACAAUGCAACCUCAGAUCUGCCAUUGGCAACUGAGGAGGCCUGGAGCUUGUGGAACCUGCCACCGAGCCCUGAGACUACAACCGUCUCACCACUGAACAACUCUCUUCAUGCACCAAUGGACUCUCCAACGCCAGGCAAUCGAUCAUACUACCAGAACGGAAAUGCUGUCAUCACAACUGACAAUCGCGGUUCUGAGUCUGGAUCUACUGGCCCCAUCACGCCGCCUUUUGAAAUGCUACCCCCAGACAAGGAUGCGUUGAUAGAAGGUCGCGUGGCAUAUGUACUAGAAGCUGCAAAGGCUGCAGGAUAUGAAACUCUCGAUGAAUUGAUUGUGGAUUACUACACGACUUGCUUCGACGAAGGGACACCACUGUACGGCCAGCAACGACUAAGUCGAAGCCGAAGCCUGCCACAAUUCCUUGCAGCUUGUUGUGACGCAGCCGGAGGAUGGAGCGACUGGGAGCGCAAGGGAUUUCGUGAGGAGAUUCUAAAAGGCGUUGAAGACAUACUAGUUAGAGAACUAAGGACGUUUAAAUCUAGCCCAAGCUUCUUGGAGUGGCUCAACAUGCCCCAGGAUAGGAGCGCGUCGAAGAAUGAGAGCAGAAAAAACAAAGAAAGCGAGAUCAAGCGUAUAUUUCAAAACGAGCUGCCAGAUCUUUGGGCUCUCAUCACGGCGCUCAUCGCGAAAAACAAGGCGCUUCAACCGAAGGACUAUUCUGGAGCUGUAUUCAGUGUCAUUACCUCUUUAUGCUGCGCUGUUGGCGAACACAACUGUCUUGACGAGUUUGUUCAUCUUUCAGCACCAGGUGCGUAUAUUACGCCUAGCUUAAUCCAUUCGGAAUAG